AUGACGAAAAAUCUUGAUUACUACAAGAUCUUGGGUGUCAGCAAGGAUGCCACUGCGCAGGAGAUUCGCACUGCGUAUAAAAGGUAUGCAUCGAAGAGAUACAUCUUUCCAACCCUCCUAAAUCUACCCCACCAUCGAGACAAGCUAUGA